GCAGUGCUGCUCGCUGCUUCUCUACUACGACUCGAUAAUCGACGGCCCUCUCUCUUGCAAUGUCGCCGACAACCAAGAGACCGGAAAUGGCGCCCAAGCAGUUCAUUGGUGCCGUUGAGGACCGCUGGGACAUGUACAGUGACCGUUCUGAGGACUACACCAUUGGCUCUCCAAUAGGAUUUGGGGCAUCCUCUAUUGUCUACUCGGCAUCUUACAAGCCUCAAGGCUCUUCGUCUGCAAUUCCGUGCGCCCUCAAAGUUCUGGAUCUCGAUUCACUUCCUCCCCAUUCGCUAUCGCUUUUGCAGCGGGAAACGACGCUGAUGUCCCUGUCCAAGCAUCCAAACGUUCUUCGUGUCCGUGGUUCAUGGAUGGAUGGCCACAAGCUCUUUAUCGCGUUGCGGCUCAUGAACAAAGGUAGUGCCGCCGACGUCAUGCACUAUGGCUGGCCUGCAGGCUUGGAGGAAGACGUCAUACGUUGCAUCCUUCGCCAGGCUCUCCUGGGUCUCAACUAUCUUCACGUCAAUGGCUUCAUUCAUCGCGACAUCAAGGCAGCAAACCUAUUAAUCGACGACGACGGAACGGUCCUUCUAGGUGAUCUCGGUGUCGCCGCAAACCUUGCGGAAGACUCUUCUCCCAGCACUUCCUUUCCUUCUUGGAAGUCAAAAACCGUCUCCGCAUGCUACGUCGCCUCUUCGCCUCAGCAAAAUGGUUCUCAUGAUAAUCAAGGCAGUACGUCAGUACACAGUCCUUAUGGCUCCACCAGACGUGUCGUGCUUGUCGAACCUACCGCAGCACACUCAAGACCAGAGAUGGGAAAACGGAAAUCUUUCGUUGGUACGCCAUGUUGGAUGGCGCCAGAGCUCAUUCAGGGGAAAAACUAUGACUCCUCUGCAGAUAUAUGGAGUUUUGGUAUCACCGCUCUUGAACUCACACAGGGCCGGCCGCCUAGAUCUCGCGAGUCACCUCAAAAGGUAUUGCUGAAAACAAUCCAAGAAGCAUCUCCUACAUUAGAUAGAGAUGGCGGAACGUACAAAUACUCGCGUGCUUUUCAAGAAAUGGUGGAAAGCUGUCUGGUCAAAGACCCGUCGCACCGGCCAAAUGCAGAACAACUCCUUCAAACACAGUUUUUCAAGGGAGCGAAGAAGCCUUCUUACCUUAUCGCCAAUAUUCUCAAGAAUCUUCCACCUCUGGCCUAUCGGCAAGAACGUCGAGUUGUUGCAAGUAACCAAACAUUUCGUUCGAUUGAUUCUUGGGAUUUUGCCACUACCAUCCAUUCUCCUGCAAGCGUUCAGCGUCGUCGUCUACUUGAUGAGCAGGGAGACGAUGUGGUGUUCGAAAUGGAGAUCGAGUGGGACCGAGAAAGCGGGAGAAGAAGCGAAAACACGAGUCACCCUAGUGCGGUAUCCUGGAACGAACCAGAACGGCCGGUGUCCGUAGAAGAAGAACCGGAACCUGAAACUGAUUUGGUGCCAUCUUCCGUAUCUUCUUCACCCUCCGGAUCGGAAUUCCAAAGUACCAGCACCAGUACGUCUCCCGAGAUUGAUCUUUUCACGUCGCCGUCGUCUAUUCAUGAGGACGCGGAACCGAAGACUACUCAGCCAGUCAAAGAAAUACCGACACCGAGUGGCCUCGUCGCUCGCAUGCCGUCGGUGUCCGUGUCCGUCAAGGCCAAACCGGACAUAUCUGCUUCUCCGUCCCGAAGCGGGCUUUGGAAGAAGAUGAAGUCAAAUAUAAGACGACCAUCUUCGUAUUACAAUGGCACAAAAACAUCUAAAGGAAAAUCUUAGCUGGAAAUAUUACGACUGAAUCUCAUCCAUUGCACCACAUGGAUACUGUAGAUAUUUAGAUACCAACAUUAAUUACAUAUGCGCAUGGUUCAUUCGAAUGUCGAGUUUAAGAACUGUAGAAGAUCCUUCCUAUUAGCUUCCCGUUCGUCAUCUCCCUU